AUGGCUAAGCUCUUCUCUAGCUGCCCGGUACUUGAAGACUAUGUUGCACAAGUACGGGCACGGGACACGGAUACGGUGAAGACACUCAGAAUAUGUUCCGAUGAUGAUAGUAAUGGUCGGUACAACUAUUUGAUUAACUGCCCAAAGCUUGAAAACCUUACUCUGAUGGGGAACUAUUCACAAAAGUAUCACUUGGGGAAAGCAGAAUCCCUACUCAAAGCCAGUAUUGAGCUACUUCAUUGUGUUGAUUUAGAUCCUCGCUUUUCUCAGGUUACUUCAGUUGUGGCAGGGGUAUCCAGUGUCAGAUUUUUGAUUUUAUCAGCUCAUUGUUUCAAUGUCGAUUCUCUACCUGCUUUUGACAAUUCAAUCGAAUUGAAGCUGGUAAUUCACAAAUGCUUUUCCUGGGAGUUGCUGACGGAGUUUCUUAACAGAUCACCUCUUCUGCAGUGUCUUGUCUUGGAACAUAGUGCUACUAGCUGCAAAGGAAAAUAUUCUGAGCCAGAAUCAGACUCAAUACCUGAAGGACCAAAGCCGCGAUGGCAUGCACCGGAGCUUGUGCCUAGUUGCUUAAUGUCAAACCUUGAGACUGUCUCCAUUGAGGGAUUCAAGGGACAACAGGACACAAUGGAAGUGGCGAAGUAUUUCUUGAGGAACUCUGAAGUUCUGAAGAAGAUGACAAUCUCUUCAGAUCCUUUGCGUGCAAAAAAGCAGACCUUGUACAAAAAGCUUCGAAAGGUUCCAAGAGUUUCAGAGGCUUGCAGGGUUGAUUUUGUCUAG